GAUGCGUCACGCGGAUGUGACUCGCCGCGUGUCCGGGGCGGUGCGAGACGGACGCUCAAGAGGACGAGACACGGAGCGAGUUCACGCCACGCACGGGGGUCACUCCGCCUUCUCGUCUCCACGUUAGAACGUCGCUUUCACCAACAACCCCCGCUCGUCUCCCCGCCCGCCAUGAGGAGGGCUCGUUGUGUGUACGCGGCGCUGGCGCUCGCUCUCGUCGCUGCGCUGUGCGACGUUGCAUUCGCUGCUCCUGAUCCGUCACCAUCCAGCGAGACUGAUGGUGUGAUACCCGAAGAGGCCAAUAUUCUGGCAGCCACCAAGGAGAAGGGUGUGACAACCACCCAGGGCAAGGGUGAGGAGGUAGCCAACCAGAAAAAAGAUGUGGCAGCCGCCCAGGACAAUGAUACGGCAGUCACCCAUGGCAAGGAUGGGGCAAACACCCAGGUCAACGGUGGGGCAAACACCCAGAUCGAGAAUGGGGCAGUCACCCAGGUCAAGGAUGAGGCAAACUCCCAGGGCGGGGAUGAGGCAGACACCCAGGCAUCAACCCAGAAGACCGCCAAGCCAACAUCUCCGACUGCAAACGUGCCGACGAAGCCAUCGACCGUGGCAGGAAAAAAAGAGCCAACGACGACGACCAGUAAGCUGCCAACUACAGUCGGAGGAGUUCAGACACCUGUUAAGACAAAAGUCGCAACCUCUACAUCUUCUCCAUCGACCACCAUCGUGGAAGAAGGCAACAACAGCAUUAAUGAACCACAAGAAGAAGAAGAAGCCAAUGUGCCAGAAGACGACGAUUACAACAACGUGGCAACUGACCAGGGUGACGAUAAUGAUGACGAGGACGAGAAUCCAAAGGAUGCAGACGAUGAUGACGAGGACGCAAACCAACAAGAUGCCGACGAAUCAUUGCAAGAAGUGAAACCGCGAAUCGACGUCUUGGCUGACGAUGAAGAGGAGGAUAGCCACUUCAUCACGUACCUGGUGGUCGCUGCAGCCCUGGUUGCCGUGCUGUACAUCGGCUACCACAACAAGCGCAAGAUCAUGUCAAAUUGCAUUGGGAGAAAACCCUCCACUGGGCAGCGGACCAAAUAUCAGCGUCUGGAUCAGAACGUGAGUGAAGCCAUGCCAUCGCUCAAACGGAGUCGGGACUUCAACAUCUAACCAUAUGAUCGGAGCCUGUGAGUGCUGUGCAACCUUUGCACACAACAGCCAAUGGAAACAAUUCAAGCAUCAAUCCAAUCAUCCAGGUGUACGAGGAAAAGACAUCAAUAAUGCUACAGCGUGUGCACACAUUAAAAAUAUAUAUACAUAUUUAGUUAACAGGUACUGAUUUAUACUUCAAUAGUUUGGGUUCUUUGGGAUAUGAAGACAAUCCCCUUAAAUAAUGUUUUUAUUUUUCUUGCAACGUUGGCAUUGUAUAUAGUGUGAUGUGGUGCAUAAUAGUCCCAGACCUUCACAAAUCAGAUGAGAUCUUUGGGAAAAUUGCAUUGGUUUGAAUAUGCAAAGUGAAGUUUAAUCGGAUAUUAAACUUCGUUAAAUAAUGUCGAUUCCUAUGAUCUGAAUGCUUUUGUUUAUCAGAUUUUGUUAAUUGGUGAAUGUUAUUGAGUACUGGUAAUAAAAUAUGGUGGAUUCA